AUGUCGGCAGCGCCAAUGUUCCGGUUACUCGGCGGCUGUCUAAUUUUUGGGUUUACGUGGGCGUCGAUCGGCACGGUUCAAGUCCGGCUUCACGUAGAUGCUCAUUUCGACGGGAUCGAGCUGUUCAGAUUUUGUCUGAAGCCUUUUAAGAGGCUCUCCGUGCCCCAGUAUGGCGAAUGUCCACUCGGGGAGCGGACUGUGGAUUUGAGACUCCAAGAAGUCGCCGACUACACGGAGAUUGCGAUACCGGACCCGGUGCAUGUGUGGCCGGAUCGUUUCGCCCUCGUCGUCACCACUUCUUCGAGCAGUGCAGGUAACGCGACGCUGAGCUACGCGGGUCCACUGUCCAAUGGGGAUGGUUGGCGCGUCGCCAAUUUUUCUUCAGAUACUACCGUACUCUCUGGGGAGCUCCGGUUAAAAUGCGCUAGCGGCCGCUACGGCCCUCGAUGCAAUUUGGCGUGCGCGGAAACGGAACGCUACGACUGCGACGAGAAUGGCGCAAAAAAGUGUAAAAACGGAUGGACUGGAUUGGACUGUGGAAAAGCAAUCUGCUCGACGGCCUGCCAAAACGGGACCUGUACAGCACCGGAAGUUUGCAGCUGCGCUUCUGGCUUUCGGGGGGCUCGAUGUGAAGAGUGCAUACCGCUGCCCGGCUGUCAGCACGGAGCCUGCCGAAAUGGCGAGCCGAACACAUGCCAAUGCGAGAAGGGAUGGAAAGGGCUGCUCUGCGACUACGACUUGGACUACUGUAGCCGCGCGUCGCCCUGUGAAAAUGGGGGCCUCUGCAUGAACGGCGGCCCCGAGCAGUUCACCUGCCAAUGUCCACAGGGAUUUUCUGGUGACAGGUGCGAGAUCCCGAGCGGCGCCGACCCGUGUCACCAAGAAGGGAUCUGUUCGAAUGGUAAGUCAUUU